AUGGCUCGACUAGUGCUGGUAUUAUGUGUUUUCGGGCUUAUUUUGGGUGCCCACGCAGCACCAGGUGGUGAUAGAAAGAAUGAAGGAAACAUCGGCUCCGCUGAGGAUGUAGACAAUGGAAAUGGGGACGUAAAUAAAGCCAAAGUCAAAGAUGGUGAAGAGACUAGCACUCCUGAUGGUAAAGAUGAUAGUAGUCGCUAUUACAAAUUAGGAGAAAACGACAACGGCAACGGUGAUAUUAAAAAUGAAGACAACGCCAAAAAUGGUGACAGUCGUAGUAGUCAAUACGAUAAAUUAGGAGAGAAUGGUAACGAAAAUGGUACUGCUCAAAAUGAUAAUAGUGGAGAGGACAAUAAAGAUGCUAGUCGACAAAAACGUCAUGAACCACGGGGUAAAGGGAAUCAUGGAGGUCCUGGCGGCAAUGGUGGUAAAGGUAACGGCGGUGGCAGAGUCGGUUCUGGAGGUGGACAAGGCGGUAAAAAUUCGGGUGGGCGACCUCGGCGUUCAGAAACCAGUGUAGAUAAUUCUAAUGAAGAAAGAGAACAAGCCAGCAACGCUAAAGGUAGUAACACUAGUGAAAAUGAUACAAAUGACAAAGGCAUUGAAAGCGAAAAAGACACUGAAGGGGCAUCUCCAACUACAAGUAAAAAUGACCAUGGCUCAGAAAAUAACGAUGACAAAACGCAACGGAGACGAUGAAUCAAUUGCCAAAGGAAACCUUGACGGUAACAGCAAAGCCAGUUCCGAUGUCGUUGCCGAAUCACAAUCCGAAGGUAAUGUCAAAGAUGUAAGCCCCUCAAGCUACGACAGUGAUAACAAGCAAUAUAACAUCGGCAAUUUACCUGCAAGUGAAGGCCCUGAAACUUCUGGUAUUAUCCAAAAUAAUAACAAUGACGGAGAGAAAGAGAAUGGUCCCUUAAAUGGGGAAGACAAUAAAGAUGGGGGUCGCAACAGACGAGACAAUUCCCACGAUAAAGUAAAUCAAGGGGAAGAUAAAGACGGUAACGAUUCAAACAACACUGAUAGUGACAACAACAGUGCUUCAAGUGAAAGCAAAGAAACCUCCCCUGAUAAUAAUAGUGAUAGUAAGAGCGAUGACGAUAGCAAUGAAUCAGAUAGUAAUGAAAAGGAGAAUAAAGAUUCUGCCCGACAAUCACGUGACAAUUUACGCGGUAAUGGAAAAGAUGGUCAUGAAGAGAAACGUGGUCCAAAAUUAGGUGGUAGACGCCGACGAUCCGCAGACGACGAAGACUCCAAAGUCAAAAAUGAAAACGAUUCAGGUGACAAUAGUAAGAGUGAAACCCAAGAACCUACUCCUGAUAAGAAUAGUGACAAUAAUGACGACCAAAAAAGUAACAGUGAUGAAAACGGAAACAAAGAAAAUGAAAAUAAUAAGAGCGAAGAAAAUUCUUCAGGUAUAAAUAAUGAUCAUGAUGAUACCAAACCAAGUAAUGAUGAAGAAAAAAAAGAAAAUAAAGAUGGUGUCCGGUACACACGCACACUACCUAUAGAACAAAGCACAUGGACCUAUUUAUUUUUGAAGUUGCUUAGUAUUUUUGGUAUUAUUUAAUUAUUAUGUUAUUUAUUUACAUAUUGUGUGAUUUUAAACUGUGUAAAUUAUUCAAUUUUGUCAUAUUUUAUCAGAAACAUUAAACCCCUGACAAGAUUCA